AUUUGAAACCAUAUAGCAGUGGGGUUGUAGUAUUUUUCACUUUUCACAAUCCGGCAUAUUUUCAAGUCGCACUAAUAAUUUGGCUUGGUGGUAAUCCGAAUACUCACUAGUUCAUAACUCCACGGAAUCAUCAAUACCAGAGUUCAUAGCUCCACGGAAUCAUCAAUACCGGAGGACUGAGUUAUUCGGUUCCAUGGCAUUUCCUGAAGCAACAUCUGGUUUUGAAGAAGAAGGGAAUGAAGCAGUGCCUUAUCACCCUUCUGCUCCUGCUUCUGAGUUAUUUGAUGACUCAACAACUACGAUUGAUCCAAGUUAUAUAAUCUCAUUGAUACGGAAACUUCUGUUGCAUGUUCCUCACAAUGUGAGGGAUAAUCGUCCUGAUGAUGGAGCGGGUGCUCGUUGUAAUGGUUUUGUUGAAGGUUCGGAGAUGGUUAACAGUCAGGAAAGUACACCUGCUGUGGCUAAUUCCAAUGUCCAAACCUGUACAGACAAUGAAAGUGAGCCCAUGGAUAUUCCUAAUGAUGAAAAUGAAAAGUCUUUUGAGAACAAAGGAGGUGAGAUGGAUAGUUCUGAACGUCGUGAAAUUUUAACGGAGGAGGAAGCUUGGGAAGAGUAUGGUUGUGUUUUUUGGGAUGUUGCUGCAAAUAAAACACAUGCAGUUUUCAUGGUAGAAAACCUUUUACUUGAUGUGCUUUUGGCAAGUCUGGCUAUUUCUCAAUCUGUGCGGGUUAUAGAAAUUAACCUGGGUAUCCUUGCAAAUCUUGCUUGCCAUGAGGCUCCAAGAAGCAGUAUAAUCUCUACAAAUGGACUGAUUUACGUAAUUGUAGAUAAGUUGUUUGUAGAUGACUCCACAUGCCUGUCUGAAGUUUGCCGGUUCUUAACUUUGGCUCUUCGACAUAGUGGAUCUGUCACUUGGGCUGAAGCAUUGAGAAAUGAACGUGUUCUGCUCCGUAUUUUGUGGGUUGCUGAGAAUACACUUAAUUCUCAGCUUUUGGAAAAGAGUGUUGGUUUACUGUUGGCAAUGGUAGACAAUCAACAUGGAGUAACAGUAUUCCUUCUUCCACCACUGAUGGAGUUGGGUUUGCCGAACAGGUUGAUUAAUCUGUUGGAAUUUGAGGUGAAAAGCUUAUACAGUGACAGAACACCUGACAGCCAUGUUGCUCAGUAUCUUACACUGGUUCUUCCCGUCGGUGAGUAUUCAACACCGUUAGCCCAGAACAGGGAACUUUUGAGGUUAGUUGUUGAUGUGGUAAAGCUUCCUGACAAGGCCGAGGUGUCCAACUCCUGCAUCACUGCUAUAGUCUUGUUUGCAAAUUUCCUGUCCGACAAACCAGAUUUAAUUUCUGAUGUCUUACAAGAUGUUCCAUUCUUACAGGGUUUGCUAGAUACCCUUCCCUAUAUCUCGGACGACUCAGAAGCACGCCAUGCACUCUGGAGUGUUGUGGGGAAGCUGUUACAUGAAGUUCGUGAACAUGUGAUACCUCCAUCACUUCUGCUCCAAUAUGUGUGUUUUCGUUGAAAAAUCCGAUUGUAUAGAGGAAGACUUGAUUGAUCAUAGGGAAGAAGACCUGGGUGAAGAAUAUAUGAAGUCAGAGGGGUUCGAUAUAAAACGGAAGGAGAGUUUCAUCUCUAAACAAGAUUGCUAUGAUUUUACAAUAUUGGUCAUCUGUAAGCCACAGCGUUCCUGAAGCAGACGUUCCAAAGAACGACCACCCUGAUGACGGAGUACUAAAACAUCUGAUUGAAUGUUGUAGAUCAAACCUUGUAUUUCUUGAAUAAACAACAGGGCAACUUCUUGGACUUGUGUCUUGUCUCAGACUGCAUAUCCAUACCGAGUCGAUGAUGUACAGUAGAGGAUUACUGUAACAGUAAUAUGUAUAUCUUGAAUGGAUCAGCUACUCUUUUAAUCUUUUCAACUAGUACUGUAAAUAGAGUGAAUAGAGAGGAAAUGAGAGAAAUCAAACAGAAACCCGAGAGGUCAUAUCUAUUUGGUGGGCAUAUGCCUAAACUGGAAAUUCUGUUAUUAUUUCACAUGAUAUACAGAUCCAUCUUCUCUUUUGCCUUGAUGAUGUUCUGUUUUCAUGAAUAUACACAUUGAAUUACUAUAAGCAACUCUAAAUACAUUGAUACUCAACUA